UCUGCAGCCUUCCUCUUCCUUGGGGUUUCUCCACCGUCAAUUCGUUAGAGGCGAGGAAAAGAUUAGAAUAUCAGAUUCUAUUCAAAUAUAUUUGACCUUGAUCCAGGCUUUCUCUACCUCGGCACACCCAGCUUCUUUCCAUUGUGUUUCGAAUCAAGCUAGCUUGGGAAAGAGUUCGGCACUGCCAGAUAAAAAGGAGUGGCGAAUAAGGUGUUAUGCUUUUACAGGUGGUAUUUCAACUGCUGUAAGAACUUCUUCAAGCAGGAGUAGUGUACAUUACUCGGAUUUAUCGUGUCAUGAAAACUUCAAUUGCAAGUUCCUUUUUGCGAACCAAGUUCAAUCUUUUGGCUUAUUUCUGAUGUUGAUAGAAAAUGCCAGCAGGAAGUGCUCUGCUUCUUCAUACUUUAGCCAGAACUGCACAGGUUGAGAGCAGACACCAUGUUAAGGUUUCUGGCAUUUGGAAACAUUAGGAAAGUUUCACACUUCCUUCUUGGAAAUCAGAAAGCUAGCUAUCCAACAGUAAAGAAACAUGAGUCAAUUGUUAUCGCCAGUCUACCUUCAUCCCUAUGCAGAUUAUAUUCACAGUACAAAUUUUCAAGUAGAGGGAAUGCUUCAUUUGCGUUAUACAAAGCAAAAGAUAGUUUAUACAAGAGUAGUUGUUCCAAGAACUUCUCUGUCAUCCCAACAAGUAAUUCUUUGACACAACAUGCUCAUAUUGCUUGGAGAAGGCUUUCACAAAUAUGUUCUUAUAGAAGUCCAGCAUUUCCACCAAUAAGUAGAAUUGCCUGUGCUGUGAGCUUGGCGCUGACCAGAUCACAUCUAAUAGCUCCUAGUGUUUUGGCCUUUGCUCUUGGAGAGGUAGCAUGGACACAGAAAGCUUGGGCAGAUAUGGAAUACUUUCCAACAAGGAAUACUUUGUACAUGCAUGCACAGGAUGGGCAUGUAUUUCUGGGAUCUUUUUUCUUCCUAAUUUUGGAGUAUUUUAUUUUAUUUCUGAGGUCCAUCUUUUUGGCAAUUUUGUUCUCCCCUAGUGUAGCAAUGGCACCAUUUUCGGAUUCUUUUGGUGUUGAAUUCAGGAUAGCGUGGCUUCGUACUGUCCGUAUUACACUUGAAAAAGCUGGUCCAGCUUUCAUAAAAUGGGGACAAUGGGCUGCUACACGGCCUGAUCUGUUCCCUGUAGAUCUUUGUACUGAGCUUUCAAAGCUUCACACCCAAGCUCCAGCACAUAGUUUUGCCUAUACAAAAAGAUCUAUUGAAAAAGCAUUUGGUCGCAAGCUUCUAGAUAUUUUUGAAGAUUUUGAAGAGGAACCUGUAGCAUCUGGAAGUGUUGCCCAAGUGCAUAGAGCUUCAUUGAGAUUUCGACACCGUGGUCAACAGAUCAAGCCCUCUGUAGUUGCUGUGAAAGUUAGACAUCCUGGGGUUGCUGAUGCAAUCAGGAGGGAUUUCAUGAUCAUAAAUUUCUUUGCCAAAAUUUCGAAGUUCAUACCUACAUUGAAGUGGUUGAGGCUGGAUGAAAGUGUACAACAGUUUGCUGUCUUUAUGAUGUCUCAAGUUGAUCUUGCAAGAGAAGCUGCCCAUUUGAGUCGUUUUAUUUAUAAUUUUCGAAGAUGGAAGGACGUAUCCUUCCCAAAGCCUUUGUAUCCACUAGUGCAUCCUGCUGUCUUGGUGGAGACUUAUGAGCAAGGAGAAUGUGUUUCCCACUAUGUUGAUGAGCCGGAAGGAAAUGAACGAGUUAAAAGAGCACUUGCUCACAUUGGGACACAUGCACUUCUGAAGAUGCUCCUGGUGGACAAUUUUAUCCAUGCGGACAUGCAUCCUGGAAAUAUCCUUGUUCGAGUAGCUCAGAGCAAAUCUUCACGUAAACGGCUAUUCAAAUCCAGGCCUCACGUCGUUUUUCUUGAUGUGGGCAUGACUGCUGAACUUUCUAAGAGUGAUCGAGUGAAUUUACUGGAGUUCUUUAAAGCUGUUGCUCUUCGAGAUGGCCGCACUGCUGCAGAAAGUACACUGAGAUUGUCAAAACAACAGAAUUGCCCAAAUCCACAAGCCUUCAUUGAGGAAGUGAAAACGUCAUUUGAUUUCUGGGGUACCCCAGAAGGUGAUCUUGUCCAUCCUGCUGACUGCAUGCGGCAAUUGCUUGAGCAAGUUCGGCGUCAUAAAGUUAACAUCGAUGGCAAUGUUUGCACUGUGAUGGUGACCACUUUGGUUCUUGAGGGCUGGCAGCGGAAGCUUGAUCCAGAAUAUGAUGUGAUGCAUACGCUGCAGACUCUGCUAUUCAAAGCAGACUGGGCAGAAUCUCUUUCCUAUACAAUUGAAGGACUGAUGGCUCCAUAAGAGGAGCACAUCUCUAACUGUUCUUCUCAACAAUUUUGACAGUUUAAAACAUAAAAAAGAUACAUAUCAUGGUCCAGAGAAAUUACAGUUGAGGUGUAUUUGUUUAGUCUGUAGAUCCAACAUUUAGGUUUAACUCCCCUCUCUUUUUGAUCGAUAAUGAAGAAAAUUAGUGAAAAUGAAGGAGUAUAGAAGAUGGGUAAAAGCCAACGCAGCUAGCAAAAACGUAACAAAUAACAGGAAGAUUGACAAGCCAAUUGCUUUUCCUGAUGAACUCCACCUUUCUGGAGUUGAUUCCUAGCAAUUCCAUAUUUGCCUUUGAAUACAGUUAUCAGUGAAAGCUUGUUCCUGUAUUUAGUCAUUAUUAUUAUUUUUUAUUAUUUUCUGACCUGUGCAUUUCGAUUUCAACUGCAGAAUUCAUGAGAAAUAACAAUAAAGAAGUGGCAACAGAUAAAAGAAAUAAAUUUUGGCGAGUGUUUUUCUUUUUCUCUUCA